AACUUCCUCUUCUCUGCCCUAUAUAUCCCGGUGGCCCCCAGCGUGGCUUUCUCUUCCGGUUCUUUCGGCGAGCGAGAGUCCGACAGGUACCAUGGCUGCCCUAAGACCACUUCUGAAGCCGGACAUUGUGAAGAAACGCCGGAAGAAGUUCAUUCGUCACCAGUCAGAUCGCUAUGUGAAGAUUGCGCGUAACUGGCGUAAACCCAGAGGGAUUGACAACCGAGUGCGCAGAAGGUUUAAGGGUCAAAUUCUGAUGCCUAACAUCGGUUACGGCAGCAACAAGAAGACCAAGCACAUGCUGCCCUCGGGAUUCAAGAAAUUCCUGGUCCACAAUGUCAAGGAGCUGGAAGUCCUAAUGAUGAGCAACAAGACUUACUGUGCCGAGAUCGCUCACAAUGUCUCCUCCAAAAACCGCAAGACAAUUGUGGAGAGGGCAGCCCAGCUCGCAAUCAAGAUCACUAAUCCCAACGCCAGAUUACGCAGUGAAGAGAAUGAAUAAAGUGUCCUGGCAAAGCUGCAUCUCUUUAAUAAAGGUUUAACGUACAGAA